AUGGCUUGUACAGCACACUGGAAAUUGCAAGAGGAAGGUCGUUACCUUAGGUUUCAUCAGAAUCAUAGUGAAAAUAUUUCACUGCUUGAUGAUAGACGAAGUGCUCUUCGACGCGAAUCGUUUGAAAAAGGUUUGGUAUUUAGUGAACGACCACUUUUGCCAUAUGAACCUUUUUUUGUUGCAAUUGAGCGUAUAGAAGGAGGGUGGAAUGGUCAUUUAAGGCUUGGUUUAUCUCAUUUAGAUCCUAACGAACAAUCCCUUCUUCAAUUUAGAGAAUAUAAUAGCAAGUGCGUUAUUUCUUUACUUUUUGGUUUUUGGAGAAAUCCUGCUAAUGCGUGGAUGGUUGCUAUUCUUGCUUCGUCUAUCCCUUGUAUCAGACAAAUUUCGGAUAAUUUCCAAGCUUCGACUCAUCUUUCAAUGCUUUUUCCCUUAGAUAGCCCUCCUUCGUCUUAUCCUCCCAUGUUCUUACCUACAGAUGUUGGUUCAGUCAUUGGUGUUUAUUAUGAACCCGUUGAUUUCCAUCAGGCCCGUUUACAUAUACUCUUGAACAAUAAUGAUCUCGAACCUAAAGUUUUCGUCCCUCUUGAUGUACCUUUAUAUGCUGUGGUGGAUGUUUAUGGAAUUACCAAGCAAGUACGAGUGGUUCCGGUUAUUAGAACAGUACCACGUUUGAGCGAUCUUUGCGAGCGCCUCAUUCAUAAACUAAUAAUUUCUGAAGCAGCACCAGUUCACACGUCUCGAUUGCCAGAUCGUUUUAGAGCAAUCUUUCAAUCGAAAAAUUCAGAAAUAAUUAAUGCUGCCCAAGCAAUAUCUAUGAGCGCUUUGCGACCAAUUUGA